GGUUGAGGGGUGGGAGAGGUUGAUCGAUCGGCGGAGCAUCCACACGGUCGCCAACAAUAACCCGGCCAGGAGGUGGGGAGGAGGAUUGCAAACUCCCCGGGAACGGUGCGGAUUGGUGCUGAGCCGGUCCCCAAAGUUUCCAGCUGUUGGUGGAAACGCCAGGACUUUGAGUAGAAGGAACAGCUUCGGACCCAUCGCCUUCCUCCAGCCGCCCAGCCGGUCCUUGGCCAUGAAGAGGAAACAGAAGCGGUUUCUGCAGAUGACUUUGUUGUUCAUGGUGGCUUUGAUUUUCCUGCCCAAUAUUGGUCUCUGGUCUCUGUACAAGGAUAAGCACCUGGUGAAAUCCACAGACCCGGGAGGGCAGCAGACAUUUCCACUGGGCCUAGGAGACGGGCAGCUCUAUACCUGGACAGAUGGUUUGAAAAGAAAAGACUGGCAUGACUAUGAGAGCAUUCAGAAAGAUGCUUUGCGUUCAGGGAAGGGGGAACAUGGGAAGCCUUAUCCCCUUACUGAAGAAGACCAUGAUGAUUCAGCUUAUAGGGAAAACGGCUUCAACAUUUUCGUGAGCAACAACAUCGCUCUCGAGAGAUCACUGCCAGACAUUCGCCAUGCUAACUGUAAGCACAAAGUGUACCUGGAAAAGCUGCCAAAUACUAGCAUCAUCAUUCCAUUUCAUAAUGAAGGCUGGACGUCUCUUCUGAGGACUAUACACAGCAUAAUUAACCGAACCCCUGACAGCCUGAUUGCCGAAAUCAUUCUAGUGGAUGACUUCAGUGAUAGAGAGCACUUGAAGGAAAAACUGGAGGAGUACAUGGCCCGGUUUUCCAAAGUGAGGAUAGUGCGUACCAAGAAACGGGAAGGCCUCAUCCGGACCCGACUCCUGGGAGCGUCCAUGGCCAAAGGAGAAGUCUUGACGUUCCUGGAUUCCCACUGUGAGGUUAACGUCAACUGGUUGCCCCCUCUUCUCAACCAGAUUGCCCUAAACCACAGGACCAUCGUGUGCCCCAUGAUCGACGUCAUCGACCACAAUCACUUUGGGUACGAGGCCCAGGCCGGGGACGCCAUGAGGGGAGCCUUCGACUGGGAGAUGUACUACAAAAGGAUCCCCAUCCCGCCUGAGCUGCAGAGGACCGAUCCCAGCGACCCUUUUGAGUCCCCCGUUAUGGCCGGAGGCCUCUUUGCCGUCGACAGAAACUGGUUCUGGGAGCUGGGCGGCUACGACCCAGGCUUAGAGAUCUGGGGAGGAGAGCAGUAUGAGAUCUCCUUCAAGGUGUGGAUGUGUGGCGGCGGUAUGUUUGACGUUCCCUGCUCAAGAGUCGGGCACAUCUACAGGAAGUACGUCCCUUACAAAGUUCCGUCCGGGACCAGUUUGGCGAGAAACCUGAAGCGCGUGGCAGAGACCUGGAUGGACGAGUUUGCCGAGUACAUCUACCAGCGGCGGCCAGAGUACCGCCACCUCUCCACCGGAGACAUCUCCGCCCAGAAGGAGCUGCGCAAACACCUCAAAUGCAAGGACUUCAAGUGGUUCAUGGCGGCCGUGGCCUGGGACGUGCCCAAGUACUACCCUCCCGUGGAACCCCCGCCCGCCGCCUGGGGGGAGAUUCGGAAUGUGGUGGCUAAUCUCUGCGUGGACAGUAAGCACGGAGCCACGGGAACAGAAGUGAGGCUGGACGUCUGCGUGAAGGAUGGCUCGGAACGGACGUGGUCCCACGAGCAGCUCUUCACCUUUGGCUGGAGAGAGGACAUUCGCCCAGGGGAACCUCUUCACACCCGAAAAUUCUGCUUGGACGCCAUUUCCCACAGCAGCCCGGUCACCCUGUACGACUGCCAUGGCAUGAAGGGAAACCAGCACUGGAGUUACCGGAAGGACAAAACUUUAUUCCAUCCUGUGAGCAACAGCUGUGUAGAUUGCAAUCCAGCUGAGAAGAAGAUUUUCAUGAACAGAUGUGACCCUCUGUCUGAGACCCAGCAGUGGAUUUUCGAACACAGAAACGUGACUGUUUUAGAGAAAUUUAACGGCAAUAUCAGUUCCUAGGAAGAUGGGAAGGAGAGGAAAGCAGUAGCCGAGGGACUAUUUAUAUUCCGCCGGCAAAAGACGUUUUGGCCAGCAUCUGGGUCGAAGGAGUCAGGAAUUCAAUUUCCUAGAUCCAGGAACCCCGUUCCGAGGAUGAAGAGCGUAUCGAGGCCAGGCCGAUUCACCUCCCUGUGUCCCGCCUGUGUCCGAAGAACUCGAACUCAGAACUUCACCAGCUCCUGCUGUGAACUUCAGACUGGCACUUCCCUUGCUGGUCAAGGGCAAACUUUAUUUAAAGACUUUUCCAAAAACACUUAUGAGUUAAUAAAGUGAAAGAAAACUCUA